CCGCCCCCGGCAUUUGGAAGAAGGAAAGGGAAGUUUGGGGCUCUGCAAGAACUCCUCUACCUGUCCCACCCAGGGCCAACACUAUCUGCUCGCACGGGUUUCCACUGCCCUGUUCACCGGUCUCUCAGCCUUUUCCCGCCGCCCUGACAGGAUCCUAGGGGCGGCGCCCAAGUCUCGGCCCGCCCUGAGGCCCCUCCCGCCCCGCACUCGCUGGUGCCCAGAGCGGGUGGAAACACCGCCUGAGAGGGUCAUGUCGACAGAGCCGGAGCUCAUUGAGCUGAGGGAGCUGGUACCCACUAGGCAACCCGGCCCGGGCCGCACCCGGCUGGAGCGUGCCAACGCGCUAGCCUCCACGCACAAGGCUGCACGGCAGCAGGCCCCAGGCCGUGGCCACCACUUCCAGUCCGCAGGGCCCACCACGCACACGUGGUGCGACCUCUGCGGCGACUUCAUCUGGGGUGUUGUGCGCAAGGGCCUGCAGUGCGCACACUGCAAGUUCACCUGCCACUACCGUUGUCGCGUGCUGGUCUGCCUGGACUGCUGCGGGCCCCGAGACCUUGGCUGGGACCCCGUGCUGGAACGGGACACAAACGUGGAUGAGCCUGUGGAAUGGGAGACACCUGAUCUUUCUCAAGCCAAAAUUGAACAGAAGAUCAAGGAGUAUAAUGGCCAGAUCAACAGCAACCUCUUCAUGAGUCUGAACAAAGAUGGCUCCUACACAGGCUUCAUCAAGGUGCAGUUGAAGCUGCUUCGCCCUGUCUCAGUACCCUCCAUCAAGAAACCACCUUCCUUGCAGGAUGCCCGGAGGGGCCCGGGGCGGGGUACAGCUGUGAGACGCCGCACCUCCUUUUACCUGCCCAAGGAUGCUGUCAAGCAUCUCCAUGUACUGUCACGCACACGGGCAAGUGAGGUUAUUGAGGCCCUCCUACGCAAAUUCUUGGUGGUAGAUGACCCCCGCAAGUUUGCACUCUUUGAACGGGCUGAACGUCAUGGCCAAGUGUACUUCCGGAAACUGUCAGAUGAUGAGCAGCCUCUGCAGCUACGGCUCCUUGCAGGGCCUAGUGAAAAGGCCCUGAGUUUCAUCCUGAAGGAGAAUGACUCUGGGGAGGUAAAUUGGGAUGCCUUCAGCAUGCCAGAACUACACAACUUUCUGCGUAUCCUGCAGAGAGAGGAAGAAGAACACCUCCGACAGAUCCUGCAGAAGUACUCCUAUUGCCGCCAAAAGAUCCAAGAGGCCCUGCAUGCUUGUCCCCUGGGGUGACCUGUUAUAUCCCUGGGUGGCAGGAGAGUAGGCAGUGCCAAGAGCGUGCUGUGUGAGUGUGACAGGGCCCAUGGGGCCUGAGGAAUGAGUGUGCAUAGAGGCCCUUCCCUAAUUGGGAGAACAAGCCCAAGGAACAGCAAAGGAGCUGACCCCCUGUGUCCACCAGUGGGUGUAGGAGGGCAUGGCUUUGUACCCCCUCUGCCUCUCACAUAUUGGGUUACAGCAAGUUAAGGCUGCCCUGGGCAGCUGCUCCAGGCUUGCAGCAGAGGUGGAGCAGAUAGAAGUCUCCUUAAUUUGUGUCUCAGAUAUGAGACUCUUGAAGGUCCCACAAACAAGGGUGAUGUUUACAGAGAUGAGGAACCUCAACUAUGGGGGAAAGUUGUGUUCUGGGUCUUGAAUGAAGUCUCAAGAUAGCCUUAUCAAAGCCAAGAGUGAGUGUUCAGAAUAAGGUAGGCAUUGAGGUAGAGUCUAGGUUUCUCUUUAGUGCCUUCUUGAGGUCAAGGAGUGUUGGUUUACAGUGCAGAUAGUGCCUCAGUGCUUCCUAAGAAGGAUGUCCCUGGGCCAAACCAGGGUCUUCAUAUGAGGAUAGUGGGUCAGGCCCAUUCCUCAUUUAUCAUCAAAGCCAGGGUCUCUCCCUCUAAUGUUUGUUUGUAUGUUUGUUUGUGUGAGACAGGGUCUUUUUGUAGUGCAGGCUGGUCUUGAACUCACU